AUGAUUCAGGCUUUAACUAAAAUGGACCCCAUUUAAUAAUACUACGUCAACGAUGACUAUCUAAAAUCUAUUUCAUAAAGAGAAAUCAAAACUAAUACUUCCUAUUCUCCAAAGGCAUUAAUAAAGGGUUAUUGGAAGAAGAAUUAUUCACCCUUUGUAGCUUUAAAUUCAUCAAAUCAGGAGAAAAGAAUCACUUUACCCCAAAUUAAUGCGAAAUCCUACAUAUCUAAUGAUUCUAGGAAUGAAGAAAACCAAAAUGAUGUAACUAGUAGUUUCAUUCAUAAUAUCCAUUAAGAACCUAAUUUAUCAAAAUAUUAAAUUAAACCAGCUUGUGCUAAUUACUAUUAAAUGAGAAAAGAAAAAUAUAGUGUCAAAAUACCUGGAAAAAUAAUUAAAGGGAGCUUUUCACAUAAUAAAAAUAUCAAGUUUCGCUCUCCAAAAUAAAAUACUAAUGAUGGUUUAACAAUUGAGCAAAUGGGAAUUAAAUAAAUGACUUAAGCCAAAGCUAAAAGAAAAUCAUCUAUUUCAAGCAAUUCUUCUUUUGAAAACAGUUUUCCUUAUAAUCAACCUGUUUAUGAACUUAACAAAAGUCCUAAAGCAUAGUUUAUUAGACCUAUUACUUCACUACCGAAACAAACACCUGAAAUUCAAAUCAAAAAACCAUUCAUUAAUACAGUAUUACUUCAGCUCGAAUAAUUAAAAAUCACAAACUCGUAAAUUAAUAAUGUGGCUCUAAUCGUCUUUGAUGAACUCUUAGGAUUUUGUGAGUCUAGCUUUUAUGGAUUCUAAUAAGAUUUUCUAUAGUCUCAACUUUAUAUAGAUUAUCAACAUACUAAGGAUCAUUAUUUUAGUAAAUUGGUCCAUAAUUCUACAAUUUACACAUUAACUAAUUUAAAAGAUAUGAUUUUUUUGUUAUCUAAGAAUUUCUAAUUAAUCUUUCUUACUAAAAAUUUACAAAAUCAAUUAAUAGAGUAUGUCAAUAUUAACCGAUUACCAAUUGCAGCUAUCUAUUAAAUGAAGGAUAUGAAACAAUCUUCUCUAAAUUUAAAAGCACUUAAUUGUAUGGAAAUCCUUAAUGAUCUUUAACUCAAUAGGCCAAGCAAUAUUAUUAUUGUUUAGACUUAUGAAAAUGUAGAUUACAACUCCAAUUCAAAUAUCAACAUUUAAGAAUAAUCAAUCAUUUAUCCUUAUGGGGUUGAGAAUAGUAUAAGUCAUUUGUAUACUCUCAUAUUACCAAAUCUAACCAUGCAGUGUCUAUUAAAAAAUUAUCAAAGACAAUCCCAUCGACCUUUCCAUUCGCUCUAUUAUAUUGAAUAAUUUUGCUAAUCUCUUUUAGUUAAUAGUUUAUUCGAUCGUAAAAACCAAAACUUCACAAAGUUUAUGAAUUCCGUAUAUAUAGAACAACUUUUAGAAAAAAUAGAAUUUAAACUGAAUUAAAUUGAUAAUCUUUAAUCUUCUCAAAAUUUACAAUCUUAGAAGUAUUCAAAAAAAGAAAUGAUUAUUAGAAUUGCAGAAAAAUUUGAAAAUCCUUUAAAAUACCAAGAAUUGUCGUCAGAUCUUGUAUUUAGAAAUAAGAAAAUAAUAAAAAGAAUAGGCAGAUAUAAAUAGGAAUCAAUAAACUUACUUUUAAAUGUUAAAGAACAACUAUCACAAGAAUUUGAAUUACUAAAUUAUUGUUAAACUCUACUUGAAAAUUGUUAUUAUAUAUUUUUAUGA